AUAAUUUUUUAAUACCAACUAUGCUAUGUGUGUGUUUUGGUUUUAAAAAAAUGUAAAUCCCCUUUAGUGUUCAAAAUAAUACAUACAGGAAAAACUAUUCUUUAUCAGUGAUGCUUUUCUUAAAUAUCUCUAAUACAAGCUCAAAGUGCCUUGUAUUUAGCCAUGCAAAGGUACUGUCAUCUUGUAUCAACUCAGGCAUAAAAGUAAAUUCUUGUCUGCAUUUUUCAUUGUUUCCUGGAGCUGCUGAUCACAAUGUCUCUGAUGGUAAAGGAUCUAGAACAAGCAGCAAUGUACUGCCCUUCAGAAGUAUUCCUGGUCCGCCUUGUCUUCCACUUUUAGGGUCCUUACUUCCCUACAAGUUAGGGAUCAAGAAGUUGGACUACUACCAUGAGUACUUGCGUGGAUUGUAUGAAAAAUAUGGGCCUGUUGUGAGGGAAGAUCUUGGGCCCACAACAAUUGUUCAUAUCUUUGAUCCCAUGGAUAUUGACAAGAUCUAUAAAAGCACAACAGUGCCACACAUAGCACCUCUACUGCAGACUGCUAAGGAAUACAAGAUGAAGAAGGGAGCCAGUCAGGGCAUUGGCAACACCAAUGGUGCAGAGUGGGAGCGCCUACGGAAGGCUGUUAAUAAGUUCACUCUGAGGCCUCAGUUUGUGAACCGCUAUAUUCCAGUCCAGGAUGACGUAGCCAGGGAAGCUGUGUCUCUCCUGCACAAGCGUCUACUAAAGGAUGAUGGCAGUGUUCCUCUGCUUGAGCAACUUCUUGACAGAGUUGUCACAGAGUCUCUGCACAGGAUAGUGCUAGGCAGCGGCCUCGGCUCUCUGGACCCUCAGCGGCAGAGUGCAGAUGACUUGGCCAUCACCCUCGCCUUCAGCAACAAGCGCAUCUUUGAGCUGUCGACUCAUUUGAAGCUUUCUACUGGCCUCUACAGAAAGUUUCCUACUCUCAAGUCUAAGAAGCUUUGGCAACUCAAUGAUCUGCUCUAUGGAACUCUACACGAGCUAUGCUCUGCCGCUGCGUUUGCCAAGGGAGCUGCUGCAGUUUCUGGUGAUGAAGAGCAGGCACGCGACGACUCCCUCAUGCACCACAUGAUGCACGACAACGCGCUCGACGGCAAGGACUACGUCACCAUCAUCUCUUCCUUCCUCACUGACGCCUACGUCACUACGGUACCGUCGCUGCUGGGCGCCCUGCACCUGCUGGCGGUGUCCCCCGACGUGCAGGAGCAGCUACGGCACGAAGCCCUCAGCGUCUGCCCCCGUCAGGAGCGUCUCACGCACACACAUGUCGCCGCUGCUACUAAACUCGCCGCCUUCUUCAAGGAAUCCUUGAGAAUUUACCCCAUUGGCGACAGUGUGCAGAGGCUGGUGACAGAAGACAUGGUCAUCAAGAAUUAUCUUCUGCCUGCUGGAACGUGCCUGGACCUGAACGUGUACAUUUGGUUGCGCGACGCCGCGGUGUUCCCUGAGCCUGAGCGCGUCAGGCUGGAGCGCUGGGCGCGGCCUCCUGAGGGCGGCGUGACGGACGCCUUCCAGCCCAUCAUGAACACGCCCUUCAGCACCGGCGUCCGCACCUGUGUCGGCCGGAGGUUGGCUUUGCACGAUAUGUCGUGCUUCAUCCUGCGGCUGCUGCAGCGCUACAGGAUCUCGCAGUCUCCUGUGACGUCACCGCGUCAAGUCUACAGGGUCCUCCUACGCCCCCAAGUCCUGCCUCGCAGCCUCAAAUUCCACCCUGUGUCGUAGCCUCAAAUUCCACCCUGUGUCGUAGCCUCAAAUUCCACCCUGUGUCGUAGCCUCAAAUUCCACCCUGUGUCGUAGUCACGCUCACGACGUUUCUAACGUCUGGUUACCGUCAAUGCCGAUAACCUCACCAGCAGCACUAAAUUUACCGGCCUGUAAUAGAUAAGAUAUAUCUUAUUAUUAACAAAACGGAACUUUAUUUUUCCAGCGCGACCGAAAAAGUUAUUUUGUGGUUAUAUGGCGAUCGAACCUCACAAAUCGUAGUUGUGACCACUAUUGUUUGGUGUAGUGACGAGCGACGAGGUCUGUGCAGUUUCUGCUAAGUUGAAACUUAUUUGCAUUGACGGUAGGUGAGCUACUCAUAUCCCAACUCCUCUCACUUUUUCAAUUAUGUUCUCCAUUUUCUCUCUAAUGGUGUUUGUAUCCAAUUUUUAAACUUAACUGUGUUUACGUAUCUACAUAAUAAUUCUAAAAAAUUACUUAAUUUUAUCUGCACUGAACCAUUUUAUUGGUAGUCUAGUAAGUCUAGUUAGUCUACUUCUCGCAUCUUGAACAGCUGUUCAACUUCCUGAUUAUUGACUCUCACCAACACCCAUUGGGUCGUUCUUAAUCACUCGUCUUGGUGGUGCACUUUAUAAUCAGUCAUCGUUAACUAUUGUGAAUUACAUGCAUUCUACGUGAAAAGGGUUAGUUUAUUAAUGAUUAUUUCCAGAUUACAUCGCAACAUUUUUUAAUCGCUGUUGUUUACUCAUACUGCCUUUUUCAUUUAUGCAUUUCGAUAAUUGUAAAGAUUGAUAGCUAAUACUGAAUUAUAAGAUGUCAAUGGAGAGGCUGGAUCAGAAUGCGCGCGUGAAUAAAGUUUAUUCGAAUACAGAGCUGGUGAUGAACUGGCGUAGUAGCAAAUUUAUAUGACCAGCUUGACACAAAACAUGAGCUACUUCUUUACUGGAUUAAUUUAAGAAAUUAGGAUGGUUGUCAGCCGGGAUGCGACAUAAAUACCUCUAUUUUUGCUAUCUCGUGUAAGAGCACCAAACUCAGGGGCUUGCCUGAACUUUUUGUUUGAUGGAUUAGUUGCUCAAGUAGUUUUUAUAUUAUAUUUAUUUGUAAAAUUAUUAGGUUCCAUGUGUGGGAGCUCGUAGCUAUUUGAUAUCUAAGUUCGUUGGUGAUCUCAUGACUUUUUCUUGUGCCUUUGUACUACUUAAUUGCAAUGUAUUUUCUAUGGUCCAGACUAUAUUUUUAUAUGUUGUUUAUGAUGUUAUUUUCGUAGUUAUAUACAAAUAUGUGGUUUAUGAUAUAUAGGUACUCUACCUAAUUUCUUACUAAGUACUGCUUAGGAUUUUUCUCGAAAUACGAGUUGGAUUACCAUGAAAGAAUGUACGAUAAUUUCAAUUAUUCGGUUCUCCAGGGGCCAGCAACCUCUUCUUUUUAUUUCAGGAGAUUCGCUUUGCUUGUUUUGACAGUUGCUGAAAACAUUUGUCCAGUAAUAAGCUCUGCGUGCUGCACAGAUUUUUCUCAAUGGACAGAUCUUUGUUAUUUAUGGCUUUAGAAUAGAAAAUUAGGUUUUGAAGGAAUGUAUAUCGCAUUUUAUAUGUUGUGGGAUGUUGUGUCCAAACGCAAAUCAUAUUAAUUGACGUAUUCUUUAAGAUGCGUUGUAAUAAAUAUAAAAUUUAC